CUCCUUCUUUCUCUUCUUCUUCUUCGUCAACUGCUGUUGAAUCCUCUCAUCUCAAAUUUCUGAACACAAGCACAGCAUUCAUUGUGUAUGUCCGUUUAUAUAUAUAUAUAAGAACGGUCUCUCCUCUGUUCCUCGACCAAAUCGGCAAGAUAUCUCUCUUUCGGUCUUCUCAAAGCCCUGCUCUGAUCUUAUAGUUCCGAGCGACCGAUAAGUGACAAGGAAAGAUGAGCUCGGAAGAGAACUUUUUUGGAGGAGGAGGAGGAGGAGAGCUCUCUGUUUCUCAACCUAACCCUGUCGUGCUCGAGCUCGACCGCCUGCAGAAUCUUCUAAGAGAGAAGGGUAGAGAACUUGGAGCUGCUCAGAGCAAGAUCAAGUCUCUGAAAGCCGCAGAGAUUCUCAAGGAUAAGGCCAUCGAAGAGCUGAAAAAUGAAGUUGACAGGUUGGAGGAGAAACUCAGGGCCUCUGAAAAGCUUCUUGAGCAUAAGAACCUCGAGAUCAAGAAACUCGGAAAUGAAAGAAAGGAUGCAUUGGCUGCUCAAUAUGCUGCUGAAGCAACCCUUCGGAGGCUGCACAUGAAUCAGAAGGAUGAUGACUUACCCCCGAUCGAGUCCGUCCUUGCCCCUCUAGAGUCAGAGCUGAAAAUGUACAAAAAUGAGGUUGCGGCCUUACAAGAGGACAAGAAGGCCCUGGAACGUCUCACCAAAUCAAAAGAGUCUGCCCUCAUAGAGGCGGAGCGGAUCCUUCGAAGUGCUCUAGAAAGAGCUCUUAUCGUGGAGGAGGUUCAGAAUCAAAACUACGAGCUAAAGAGGCAGAUUGAGAUUUGCCAGGAGGAGAACCGGAUUCUAGAGAAAACGAACCGUCAGAAAGUUGUAGAAGUCGAGAAACUGAGCCAGACUAUUCAGGAUCUCGAGGAAGCCAUUCUAGCAGGAGGGGCCGCAGCAAAUGCAAUCAGAGACUACAAGAGGCAAAUCUCCGAACUAAAUGAAGAGAAGAGGACUCUGGAGAGGGAACUGGCGAGGGUGAAAGUAUCGGCGAACAGAGUUGCAGCAGUGGUGGCCAAUGAGUGGAAGGAUGAGAAUGACAAGGUUAUGCCUGUUAAACAGUGGCUUGAGGAGAGAAGAAUAUUGCAGGCGGAAAUGCAAAAACUGAGAGACAAGCUCGCUAUCUCGGAAAGAACAGCAAAGGCUGAAGCGCAACUGAAGGACAAACUAAAGCUGAGGUUAAAGACACUAGAGGAUGGGCUAAGGCAAGUAUCAAGUCUAUCAACGAAUCCAAAUUCAGUAUCGGCAUCCCCUAUAACCGAACAGUCAAAUCAUAUUUUCGGGUUUUUAACAAGCAAUGGAGGGUUAAAGAAGAGAUCGUCUUCACAGCCCAGGGGUUCGUCCAUUAGAAGCACUCCUCUUAUACAGCCAAAUUCGCUGGAUGAACCGAACAAUCAUUCUAGGAAGAAAUUUAACCCCGACGAGAGUAUUGUCAGGAGAAGCCUGUGGGCUUCCAGGAGCAAAGUUGUUGAUAGCAGCGGGAAGGAAAAUUCAGAGAAGAGGGCAAACUCUGAUGAGAACAUCCAAAAGUUCGACAACAAAGGAAGGAUAGAAAGUAAUGCUUCAGACAAUAAAGAGGGGACUGAAGAUGCAGUCUCUGGAUUUCUGUACGAUCGACUUCAGAAGGAAGUGAUAAGUUUGAGGAAGUUUUGCGAGGCGAAAGAUAGUUCUUUGAAUGCCAAGGACCAGGAAAUCAUGAUGCUAAUGAAGAAGGUGGAUGCAUUGACGAAGUCGAUCGAGGUGGAGUCAAAGAAGCAGAAGAGAGAGGCGGCGAUGCGAGAGAAGGAGGCUGCUGCUGCAGCACAGAAGGUGAUGGAUGAUAAAAGGAACAUCAAGAGCACAAAAUCCUCUAAAUGAGCGACAACAAAAUCAUCUUGAAGAUUUCUUGAAGGUUGAAGCAGAAGUGAAACUAUAUUUUCAUUAUUUUUUCGUGUAUAUAAGGGGAAAUGAAUUCGGAUUUCAUGCGAUUGAUUUGGGAAUUUGAUAUUGUAAAUCCUGCAAAAGGGCUUCUGUUCGAUUGGCAUUAAUAAUAAUGUUAACAGAGACAUUUUUCUUUCUUA